AUGGCAGUGAACAAGGAAGAAGACACCUUCUUGGUAGCCUUGAAGUAUAAGGAGUCGAGAGAGGAAGAGUCUAAUACCCUCUUAGAGGUGCUAAAGGUGUUCGAGUCUUUUAGUGAUGUGAUGCCCGAAAAGCUACCUAGCAAGCUACCAUUUAAAAGAGAGUUGUGUAUUGAUUAUCGGGCUUUGAAUAAGCUGACCAUCAAGAACAAGUAUUCUAUCCCACUCAUUGCCAAAUUGUUUGACCAACUUAGGAGUUCAAGGUGGUUCACCAAGCUAGAUUUGAGGUCAGGCUACAAUCAGUGGAGCGCAAGGUGCCAGAAAGCUUUUGAUCGAUUGAAGUAUGCUAUGAUUGAGAAACCAGUCUUGGCCUUGCUAGACCAUGCCAAGCCAUAUAAGAUGCAUAUAGACACAUCAAAUUAUGUACAUGGUCUAAGAGAAAGAGAUGACUGCAAUGGUGCACUACUUGCACAUUUGACACCAUUACCAAUUAGGGUCGAGAUGGAGUCCAAGCCAGGGUGGGUGAACCUAGUGGUUGACGCCUUGAGCAGAAAGGUGAACCUUGCUACCAUUAGCCAACCAAAGGGAUCUUUGGUGUCGCACAUCAAGGAAGGGCUUGUGCAUGAUCUUACAGCCAAGGCUCUCAUGGAGGAAGUCAUACAUGAGUGCCAUGAUUCGAGGUUGGCUGGACACCCAGGGGUGAGCCGACAAGGUGGAGCUGAAAAUACCAAGCGAUCUCUUAGAGCCAUUGCUAGUGCUAGAGCAACCAUGGGAGAGCAUCAUUCUAGACUUUAUAGUCAGUCUACCCAAGGACAAGCAUUUCACAGAGAUCUACCUCAAGCACUAUGUGAGUGCCAUGCAAAGGGACUGGCAAAGCUGUUAGAUGUCACUCAAUUUUCUUACAACUUGCAAAGGAGUGAGGCAACGAAUUAG